AUGGUUCCUUCCGGUGAACCAGGAAUAUUCUUUGGUGGCACAGUUAAUUGGUUGGCAUAUUCUAAUAGUGGCUUGCCUGCCAUUAUUUCAUUUAAUUUGGGGAUAGAGUCUUACAAAGAGAUUUCGCAACCUGAUUAUGGAAUGUUUGUUAAGUUGACCAUGUGUAUGCUGAGGGAUUGUUUGUGCAUAGUUUCUCAUUCCGACUCAUUUAAUGAUGUUUGGCUUUUGAUGGAUUACGAAAAUCAAGAAUCUUGGGUUAAGUUGAUCCGUCUUCCUUACUUUGGUGGUGAUCAUGGUUACUAUGCUCAUGGUCCGAAGAUAGUAUACAUUUCUGAGGAUGACGACCAUGUGUUGCUCAUGUUUAAAGAGUUUGCUAAACUGAAGUGGGUCGUUUAUGAUUGCAAAAAUAGUACUAUAAAGACUAUCAAGAUCCAAGACUUCAGUUGGGUAGACUCAAUGGUCUACAUUGAGAGUUUGGUAUCACCUUGA